AUGGGGUUCCCUACCCGACACGUACCUCAGGGACCGCAGUGGGCCGUUCUCCACACGCGCAGAGCCAAGCUGAACGAAAGUGCGAGCGAACAGCAGUACAGCCGGCUUUACACCGUCGAGCCACACAGUACGCUGAAGCACUCAGGGCGCGACGCGCGCUGGACUGCGACCGGCCGCGUCCGACCAGCGCGCUUCUGGGAGCUGGAUUCGGGAAGAUGA